AAUAGGACGCGUCUCCCACACAAUGCGGGUGGGGUGAUUUGCAUGGGAUGCUAUGUCCCAAGUCAAUGUGGACCUGUGUAAAAUACGGGACAAAUCGCGUCCCGUAUUGAUUUGAUACAGGGUGCGUCAUUUUGCCUGUAAAUACGGGACGAUUCCGUAUUUCACGGGACGGGAGGCAAACCCUAUUAAAAACUCAUCUCGGUUACAGCUCGGUUUUCGGGGACUUUUUAAAACUUGUUAUAUGAGGUAUUAAUAUAAUGGAUAAGAAGUUUAUCUGUGAUGAUUAUCGAUACAUUCUGCAAAAUACUGAACAAAACGAUAAACAAAUAAUACAAAACGUUUACGUCGACAAACGUAGCUUAGGUGUAUGACGUAUGACGUUGAGUGACGUCAGCCGAUCAGCUGACCAAACAGGAAGUAGUUUGGGCGCUACAUGGUGGUUUGAGCACGUUAGUGUUUAUGUUGUGUUGUUUUUUUAGGGUUCUGGGGUCACUACAGGGAGUGAAGGUGUAACUGGGGCAAAGUAGGAGGAAGCAAAGCAAAGCUAUAUAAAUAAUUAUGUUUUUUUCAGUUGAUUCCAACAUGAUACAAUGCAGCUCAUUUGUGCUUGUGCUGUAUUUAGUUAGUGAACUGAUGACAUAACUGCAAGUCGUUGGUUUGUACAUGAUGUGUGGAUUUGGACUGCAUGAGCUCUGGAUCCUUCAUGGGCCUAAAUAUUUCCAUAUAUAGACUUUAGAGGUGGUUCUAGGAGCACAGCCUUGAGUGGAAAUGUAAACAGUAGCACAAUCCCACGUGGACACACCAAAACAUAAAAAAAAACAAAACUCAACCAUGUCGUCUCCUGAGCAGCUUAUCGAGAUUGUUAUGGACAACAGAUCGUAUAAUGUGAGUAAGAGCAAGCUGAUUGAAAAGAGCGACUACUUCAGGGCACUGUAUAGCUCUGGCAUGAGGGAGGCAGGAGAAGAUUCGGUGCAACUGCAAGGACUGAGUGUAUCAGGGCUUGAGCUCGUCCUGGAGUUCAUCAACACCUCUAAAGUACAGGUGGUCAACGAAAGCCUGGAGGACCUUAUAGAGACGGCAUCUUUCCUGCAAGUGACCCAAAUCCUGAAGCUUCUUCUGUCUGAAAUCCGCCUAGACAACUGUGUCGAGGUUUUUAACCUCUCGGAGGUCUACGGCACGCACGAGCUGCGCACGGCAUGCCUCAAGUUCAUGAGCUGCUACUACCACCCCAUGCUGCGGAGACCGGAGUUCCACACUCUGGCUGCUGCAUUGCGGGAUCAGACCAGGGAGAUGCGGAUGAGGGGCAUGGCCUCGCUUGUGGCAGUCGGAGACUUCAUGGGAACCUUCUUGGAUCUCGCAGACCAAGAUGAGCCGUGGUCCAUGCUGCGCUACGGGGAGCGAGAGCAGCGCUGGAAGCCCCUCGCCAACAACCUCCCUCCAGACAUGGUGAACGUCCGAGGAUAUGGGUCAGCCGUGCUCGACAACUACCUUUUCAUCGUCGGUGGCUACAGGAUGGCAAGUCAAGAGAUUGCUGCAGCACAUUGUUACAAUCCAUGCAGAAACGAAUGGACUCAUAUAGCUCCUUUAAACCAGAAAAGGGCUAACUUUAAGCUGUUGGCAGUGAGUGGGAAGCUGUACGCGGUUGGAGGACAUGGCUUAAGCACAGUGGAGUGCUAUGGUCCUGAGCAGGAUUGGUGGACCUGCGUUUCCUCCAUGCCUGAUCCUCUGACUGAGUUCUCUGCAUGUGAAUGCCAGGGCAUGAUCUACGUCAUGGGUGGCUACACUGCCAGAGACAGGAACAUGAGCGUGCUGCGCUACUGCCCUGCAUCAGACAUGUGGUCUGUGUUGCACACGUGCUCGGCACAUGUGCGGAAGCAGCAGAUGCUGUCUGUGGAGGACAUCAUUUACCUGGUGGGUGGCUACACACGUGAGCUGGAGCAAUCUGAGCAUGCGAGGGCCAACCCAGACGAUGCACUGACGAUACAGUCGUACAACGUGCGCACAGGCGAGUGGCUGCAGCUACGAGCGAGUGUAUCAAAGUCAGGCCUGAACCUGACAUGUGCACUGCAUAACGACGGCAUUUACAUCAUGAGCCGUGACAUUGGUCCGCGCACCAGCCUCGAGCACCGAGUCUUCCUCAAGUACAACGUGUUCAGCGAUGCCUGGGAGGCCUUCAGGCGCUUCCCGGCACUUGGCCAUAACGUGCUGCUCUGCUCCCUGUACCUGCCAAACAUCCUCUAAACCUGAAGGGUUGAAGAUGUAACUGGUAAAUCCUACAGCUAGAUCACACAUUACUGGAGGUAACUGCGUCAUGUUCAGGUUCAUGUCCAUGGAACUGAGACUCUGAUACACACUACAGUGAGUUGACUAAAUUGACUAUAUUUUGCCCAGUAACUGUCUCAGUAAUUUACAUCCAGUAAGAGAGAAGAGUCUCUCAGUCGUCUGAUUGCUUUAACAGCAUAUAGAUGAGCUUUACCAUGUUGUCGAAUAUACAGGAAGCGCUAACUACCAGAAGACUCGGCUCUAACAGAUUUCUAAAUUGUUGCACAAAACCUACCAAUGCCACUGCAUGCACUUCCUGAAUUCAGUCAAUCCAGAAUAUCGGUAUAUUACUGAUACACGUGUGAUGGGAUUUUACACGACAAGACCUGAGAUGGAACACUAACAUUGAGCGUGAACUGUUAGUAGGUGGGAAUCUUUCCAGAAAGUUACUGCUUAGGCCUUACUUUUGGCAAUCUGACCAAAAAAAUUGAAUCUUGACCAAAACACCUGUGAUUAUUAUUUUUAUUAGUUUAUAUUGGUUAUUAAUAAGCAUCAUAUGGAAGGCCUUGUGAAUUAGAAAAAGAUAAAUGUCAAAUGAUUUGAAGGUUUGGAGACAGUUCUCUAAAUCCACUUGUUUUAGUUUAGCUGGGAUUUUCUUUAUGAUGUUUUGUGAUUUUUUUCUUUAUGAGGUCAAUUAAACAUGCAGAAAUAUAGAUAUAAUACAGUGUGUUGCCUGUUAUUUGGUUGAGUUGUGAUUUGUCUGAAUGCGCACAUUGUUAACUCAGACGAGAAGAGAGAGUGACUGUGUCAUAACAAUCAAAAAAUGAAUCACUGAAUCAACCGAUAGCUUGAUUCAGUGAGUCAGCAUUCAACGUUCACUAUUCAAAUAAAUAGCCAAAACUCUGAGCUGCGAUUACUGCAGUGAUCUGGAAUCCCAAUAACUGUCUAUCAGACUUUUUUUUUUACCAGAGAAUUAUUUUAUAUCCAAAGGUCUUUUUGUUUGUUUUGUUGAAUUUCCAUGUAAUGAGUUUUAUUGGUCAAAUUUCAGAUUUACAGGUCAAAUGAGAUUCUGCUGUGAAUUCCUAGAAACUACGUACAAUAAAUACGGUGAAAUUCUUCCUCUGUGACUCCUCCAGCAAACCCUGACACAAUAAAUGACACAAAAGCAUAAAUUAGAAAUAGUGCAAGAAAAAGUGUGUGUGUGAACUAUAAAGAAGAAGUGUAACAUCUGUAACACUGGAUAGAUUAAACACAUGCUUUCCUCUUCAUCCCA